CACGGCCAACCGUAAACACGGCCGUGCGGCUGGCUGGGCGAUCUCUGGUGAUUUUAUGGCUCUAGGAACUGGAAUAUGUGAUUUCUGUUCUGAAUAGAUAAUCAGAGGUUCUUCCUUGUUAGCACGCCGUCUUUACACGAGGCCUGCGAGCCAGUAAUUUUCAAUGGAGAGUUCGGGUGGGAAUUCGCCAACCUCGGAGCCACCAAAGUGUCCGGAUCUUGCGACUCCAUGCCCCAGACGACCGAGAAAACGGGGGCCCUAUAAGCAGUAUUUUGUUCCCGGGUCCCAUGCUCCGAUCCCGAAGUCUACAAAGUACUGCCAGAGACAAGACGGCGCAUGUGGGACCUCUGAUGGUGCAGUUCUUCCGUGCUUAGCCACAAAUGUCGAAUUACCUCAUGAAAGUGAAGAUGCAACUGUUACCCACUCCUUGCAAAAUGCCGCACAAGGUCAAGCCAGAGGCGGCUUGCCUUGUGAAGCCAGUGAACAUCCGUCAACUCUCUCUAUGGAACCUGGUUCAUCUUCAGAAGAUUUUACUGACAACGCUAGCUGCUCUGAUGAUGCAGAACAUCCUUGCACUUCUCCUAUGGAACAUGGCGCCUCCCCAGAUGACCCCAUUGAAGAUUACAGCUCGGAUGAUGCAAGGUCCUACACAUCCUCAGUGCUUCAGAACCAUGGUGCCUUCCCAGACGACCCAACUGAAGAGUACAGCUCGGAUGAUGCAAGGUCACACACAUCCUCAGUGGCUCCUUCAGAUGAAGAUAUCUCGGAUGAAGAUGCAAUGGAUUCUGAUCCGCAAGGAACACAGGCUGCCAGAAACUUCGCUGAGCUUUUCCAAGGCAUUGUUGGCGAGCAAGUCGUUGUGUCGAAAGGCGACAUUUUGGUAAUGUUGCUAAAGUAUGUUGCCAGCAACAACCUGUCAUUCACUGGCUUGACAAAUCUUGUCAAGAUGGUAAAUAGCUUUUUUUCCAAGCCUAUUCUACCAGACUCUCGUUACUUUCUUAGUAAGAUGUUUGGUGAUGGUGGUGCCACAUUUCAUUUUUACUGCCCUCACUGUUUUUUCUUCAUUGGGAAGCUGGACAACAGUUGCAGUUCUUUCCAGUGCUCACAUUGUAGCCGGGAGUGCCAGGUGUCAAAUGUCUCUGAGCCACCUUUUUUUCUUACUUUCAACGUUCAGUCGCAGCUGCAGGGGAUCCUGAAAAAUUCAGACUUUCUAGAUCUGACAGAACCUUUGGGGGACGGACACACAAUGGGUGACAUAACGGAUGGAAGUAUGUACCGUACAUUUGUGAAUGAAACUGCAGAGGCCGGGCAUAGGAUUAGUGUAACCUUGAAUGCAGAUGGUGCCCCAGUGUUCAAGUCUUCAUCAACUUCGAUAUGGCCAAUCCAGCUUUCAGUUAAUGAAAUUCCUCCCAAGGAUCGUAUGAAUAACCUUGUGCUAGCAGCCCUUUGGUUUGGGAAAAGCAAACCGCGGAUGGACAUCUUCCAAAAGGCAUUUGUGGACAUGAUGCAGGAUCUUUCCGAGACUGGAUUUCCUUUAAGCUUUAAAGGGAAGACUAAAACUUUCAGAGCCUUUUGUAUCUGCGCUGCAGUUGACUCAGUGGCACGAGCCCCUAUGCAGGGAAUCAUGCAAUUUAAUGGUUAUUUUGGUUGCAACUGGUGUUUGCACCCUGGCACACGGAUAGGAAGAUCUCUAAAGUAUCCUGUCCAGACAGUGGAUCCCGAUGAGCGUACUGAUGACCAAAUGUAUGAUGACAUGCAGAAGGCUUUUGAAACUGGUACUGUAGUGCGGGGCGUCAAGACCGUUUCUCCGCUCAUUAACCUGGAGCACUUCAGCAUAGUCUGGGGCUUUGUCCCCGACUACAUGCACUGUGUCUUGCUGGGUGUGGCUAGGCAGUUUUUGGAGCAUUGGCUCGAGUGCUGCGACAGAGAUUUCUAUAUUGGGCGAGAGAUUGACAGGAUGGACAGUAGGCUACUGGCCAUAAAACCCCCAAGAGAUGUAAGGAGGAUGCCGAGGUCGCUGAGGGAGCGGAAAUUUUGGAAAGCCAAGGAACUGGAAAGCUGGGUACUCUACUAUAGUAUUCCUGUACUUCAUGGAUUAUUGCCAACAAAGUAUGUUGCCCACUGGGCUCUUUUGGUGGAAGCUGUGCACCUGAUGCUGCAACAACAGAUUUCUUCUGUAGACAUAGAACUUUGCGAUCUUCUCAUGCUGGAGUUCGUUGUAAAAACUCAGCUCCUCUAUGGAGAAGACAGCAUGACGUUUAACAUCCAUCAGAUGGAACAUAUUGUGAAGAGUGUUCGUCUCUGGGGCCCUUUGUGGGCACACUCGGCCUUCCCUUUUGAAGCGGGUAAUGGGAAAAUGAAAACAUGCAUUAAGGCUGCUAAGGGGAUCCCUCACCAGAUCUGUAGGAUGCUAGCGGCAGAGACUGUUGUGUCUGAGUUAGAGCAGCAUGUUACCAGCGCACCUGUGUCUAGCUAUUGUUGUUCUCUGAGCUCCCGCUCAACACAAAAAUCUGUCAAUCUUUGCACGGAAGGAGUGCGUUUGCUAGGCAGAGGGUGUCCUUUUCGUGACCUUGGGGGAGAGGCUGUGUUCAGUGCUCAAGCAGUUGAGUAUCCACGUAUGGUGAAGGAUGGAACUGUGUUCACGACUGCUUCUUAUGUUGGUAAGAAGAAAAGCAACAGCUCGGCUGUAAAGCUGACCAGUGGUCUCAUUGGAGUAAUUGAGAAAAUUGUCUUCGACAAGGAGUCAAGCUUCCUGAUUUUGAAACCUUUAGAAUGCACGCCUUUUUAUUCAAAGUCGAAGGCAACUCUGUUUAAGGUUCAUGGACGUCCGAGGCAAUUUCAGAUUGCAAGAUCUUCCGAAAUCUUCAGUGCAGUUGUUUAUAUGGGCACUGAUGAUAUCUAUGUGGCCCCAGUGCCCAGUGCUUUUACAUUUUAAGGUGGUUGUUAGGAAUGUUUUGGGUUAGCCGGAGACGAGAUGAAAAUGGUUUAUUUUCCAUUCUCAAACGAUGGGAUUAUUUGCUCAAAUGGAUGAGCAGUUUUUUUUUUCUUCCACUUGACGUAGCAAAUUAGGCUUUCAUGUUUAUAGAGCAUCACGUCGGUCUGCCCACAUAUGACAACUUUGGUUCACAGAUCAGCAUUUCAGCUAGUGCAGUAUGACUGCUAAGCUGGGGUCUUGAACAGGUCUUUAAAGGGAUACUACAACGAAAUUUCGGCGCUCAUUUUUUGGUCUAUAUGUGUUCAAAAGAGCAGUAUCACAUGGAACAUAGCAAUAUCUUGUUAAAAAAAUCUCAAAAAGGAAUUUUAAGACGAAUUGAACAAUUAGCAAAGAGCACCUGGUGGAUGUCGCUAACGCCUCGUUUGUAAUGCUCGUCUAGGAACCUUGACAGCUAGUGACGGAGGUUGUCUCGUCUCCGGCCACGACGAGAGAAGGGGGAAGGAGGAACUCCCCUCUUCCCGAGAAUCCCUUUUGUGUGUCACAGAAGUCGCUAUUGUCCCCCUAGAAGAUUAUAGAAGAUUAACCCGUCACUCGAAAUUCGUACAAAAGCAGCCUCUUCGGUGGCUGGAACGACUAGGCCAUCCUCUCGACGUCAGCCUCGCCGUAGCUUUGCUCGUCCUGAGACGACCUACGUCACGAUUUCGUUGGAUGUCACAUGCUCUAAGCUGGGCCUUCUCCGAGCGCUUGCCAGAGUGGGCUGUUUAUAACGAAAAAUACAGCCACCAGGAUCAAAAUACAAACGUGCGAUUGUCAUUUACGGAUAUUGUGGAUCAUAUUCAACCUAUUUUUGAACUCGACGGGAAUAUUUGAAAUUUCGUUGAAGUAUCCCUUUAACAAGCGUCGUGCAGUAGUGAUGCACCAUUGUAUGCCAGCACAAUGCUCGUUCACAGCGAAACGGGCGGGGGCAGAAUUUAAGGUACAAAUACGCCGAUCAAACUUUUAUUCUUCAGUUUACUGUUCAUCCUCUCGUCGCCGUCAUUCGUGACAAUAUUUACAGCUCUGCCUAGCUCACUAUGUCCUUUCUGAAAGUCUUCACUCUAAUUUUUACUCUUAGGGUAAUUUUACCCCACAAUCUUAAUCCAGCUUUCAAAAGCCAUGAAUGCCACAUAGAAAAGCUUCAUCUGUGCACUUAUCAAAACCGAAAUUUACAUUAAAACAGUCUGUGUGCCUUAGUCCGUACAUUUCACAAAAAGUGAACUACCAAAGCAUAUUCGCAAGAGCUGCUUGCCUCCAUUUAAAACUAUUAAAGGGCCACUCCGGCGAUUUUUCGAGCUACCCAAACAAACUACAUUUCUGAAUACCCGGACAUUGCUCUUCCCAACACAGUAGUUUGAUCUCUGAAUUCAUAUUAGUUAUUGAGGAAUUGGCAAUGCGAAAACCAACAUUCAAAUCUCACUGCGGUUUCUAGUCGCAUGACGUAAUGAAUCGGCAUUUUCGCAGAUAAGGCAAGAAUCCUAAAAAAACAGUACAUUGCACUUUUUUUUUCGUGCUGCUCAGCGAGGGUUUUUACACCAUUCAUUUUGCACCAAUAUGCAUUUAUUUAAUCGGUCAGAAACAAGUUAUACGGCCCAAACAGUGAAAAGGAGACAUGACAUAUAGUCAUCAGUUCAGUGCCACCAAUGAUGACUUUCAGUUUGAAAAACCGGUAAGAGCGCGAUUAAAAACUUCAAUAACUCUGCAAAAAAAUAUAUGUAUGUAUAUAUAUUGUCAGUAUAUUUUGAAUACUACUUCAGCACUGUGUUUUGGUGUGUUUAGCCAAUUUUGAGGCAUAUUAGAGACCAUGACAAAAUCGCCGGAGUACUCCUUUAAGUCCACAUUUCCAUUAUUAUUCCAAUGCAUAUUACCCAGUUUUUUUUUUGUGUCACUGCUUAUGCUUACAGUUGUCCUUUAUAAUGCUACAAUAUAAAAGCUCUAUAAUAGCUAUUCAUGUACUGAUAUGUGAAGAGCCCCAUAAGUUUAUUCAUACUUUUAGCACUGUGUUUCAUAAAAUAUUAAGGUCUAAUAUCCAUUCCACAAUCACUUCUUGUUUCUGUCCUGUACAAAUAGGGCAUUGCUUUAUUUGAAAACAGGUUAUUUCUUCAGGGUGUUUACCACAAUAGCUUUGAAAUUUGCCAACCUUUUCAGAUUUACCCUGACAAUUUUAUAUGAAAUUCCAUGACUUACUUCAGUCAGGACUAUUGGUUUGAUGAGCCAAUAGCUGGACAUGUUUUCAGGCUUUCUAUUAGGUGGAGUUAAAUUGGCUCUUCCCGUUCAAUCACGUUGUGGCUUCCACUCCCUAGACGCCUCGUGCGACGUUACUCAGCACAUUGGCAUCAAUGUGCUACCGUCGGGCUUUGUUACACACUGCCAUGCCAUUUUCACUGUUAAUUUUCCCUGAUUUAGCCAUCUUUUUUACUAUUUCACUGGCAGUUCCCUGACUUAUCCUGAUGAUCAAAAUUUACUGACAAUUCCAGGUUGGUAGAGAUCCCACCCUGUUCUUGCAGUUUACUGAUGGGCUUGAAGAUUUCUAGGGCACUCACUGUAAGGUUAUGUGACUCAUCAAAAACCUUUUACUUGGUGAACAAUCAAAUUAGUCAAAUUAUUUAUGUUACUUUACUUUUAUCACAUGCUCUGCUUCUGUGUGUCACUGAAAAUAACUGUUUGUGAAUUUUCAUUUCUGCAUUUUGUAUAUAUAUAUAUAUUUUUUUUAAAAGAAGGUAGACUGCCAUGAUUUGUUUUGCUGCGUUUUCUCACAAAUCUUUUUUGUAGCGUGCACAUUUUCAGUUACUUUUUACUCCUGAUACAUUGGCAGUGGGCACCUAUGAUAAACAUGCAGAUUUUGUAUAACAAACUUGAAAUUUUUGUAUGUCUUGCAAUCACUUUAAAAUGUUUGAACAUAUGCUGCUUUAACCUUCAUUUGCUCUGAGAUAUGGUACUGAUCUGUGUAUUUUAUCCAGUAGAGAUGGGAUAUCACAGUAUGUGGAUAGGCAAAAUGAUUGUGGCUUACUCCUGUGCAUAUGUGUAAGAGUUCUUAUAAACACAUUCUAAAAAACAGCCAUGUGUAUGAGUUUGGAUUCUUUACGAUAUGAAAGGUUGCUUGCUUUUUCAAAUUAUUGCCAAUAGCCUUGCAAACUCCUAGCACAGUGUUUGAACCUCACAAUUUAUAGAUUUUCUUUUCGUGAGGUAAACAAGCAAUGUUUUAGUGUUACCAGAUCUCGGCUAGCUGUGACAGCAAGAAUAGAAAGAAAAUACAUUUACAUAUUUGCAUGAAA